AUGCAUCGCACGAGGGAUACGUCCGAGUGGCGAGCACGUGGUGGAGCGGUCGCCGCGCGCGCUGGAAGGCUGCUACGCCGCCAUUGGCCGCCGCCGCCCCUCCCACCGACGCACGCGCACGCACUCCUAACGACCAGCUCUCGCUUGCGAGCGCUCAGCGAAAUCUCGAGUCGAUUCGGCGUCGAUCUAGAUAAGCUGAUCGCUGUGCGAUGGACAAGCGCGAAUGACACGGCCGUG